GAUGAGCCUAUACUUAUUUCAAUGGCUGAGCUCUACUGAAUUCCAUACUCCUUUCCAAUUUCCAUGGCUCUUCUCUUCAACACCACCGCCAUUAACACAGCUUCACUCACUAAUUUUCCUUCUCUUUCAAUUCCCCAUAAAUACUCUCAAUCACCUCGAAGAUCUUUUCGAAUUCGCGUGUCGUCAGAGGAAUUAGAUAAGGAAAACGAAAUCAAAGACGAGAAUUCUUCAAUUGCACAGCAAAAGAAGUUAUCAAAGCAAUCAUCAUGGGAAACAAAGGAUUAUAAGGGAAAUGAUUAUCUUUAUAGGCUUGGUGCUGAAGCUGAUAAUAUGAAUAUUGUUGUUGGUGCUAAACCUGGUGUUAUUGAUGAUCUCUUUGCCGGCAAUGUUCUCGGUCGAGAGGCGGAUGUAGUAUUUGACUAUAGACAGAAGAUUACGAGGUCAUUUGAGUACUUGCAAGGCGAUUAUUACAUUGCUCCCUUGUUCUUGGACAAAGUUGUUUGCCACAUUGUAAAGAAUUUCGUUGCUCAUCUUCUGAACGCCAAAGUUCCUCUGAUACUAGGAAUUUGGGGAGGUAAAGGUCAGGGGAAGACAUUCCAAACUGAGCUCAUUUUCCGAGCUAUGGGAGUUGAACCAGUUAUAAUGUCUGCUGGAGAACUGGAAUCUGAAAAAGCUGGUGAACCUGGUAGACUAAUACGGGAGCGAUAUAGAGCAGCAUCUUUUGUGGUCCAGAACCAAGGGAAAUUGAGCUGUUUGAUGGUCAAUGAUAUUGAUGCUGGCAUUGGUAGAUUUGGAGACACUCAAGUCACAGUUAAUAAUCAAAUUGUUUCUGGAACUUUGAUGAACUUGGCCGAUAACCCUACCAGAGUUAGCACUGGACAGAACUGGCGUGAAACAGAUGUUACACACAGAAUUCCUAUUAUUGUCACCGGAAAUGAUUUUUCAACUAUUUAUGCUCCUCUAAUCCGUGAUGGAAGGAUGGAGAAGUUCUACUGGCAACCAAAUCAAGAGGAUAUUGUUAACAUUGUCCAUCGGAUGUAUGAGAAAGAUGGAAUAUCCAAGGAUGAGGUUGUCAGCAUAGUCAAUACUUUUCCAAAUCAAGCUUUAGAUUUCUAUGGAGCUCUGAGAUCUCGUACCUAUGACCGAUCUCUGCUAAAGUGGGUCGAAGAUUGUGGCGGUAUUCAGGAUCUAGGUCCCGUACUUCUGAAGCGUAAGAAAGGCGGAGAACUGCCAACCUUUGUUCCACCUGAGCAAACUUUUGAAGCUCUUCUUGAAUCCGGCUACUCUCUCGUCAAAGAACAACAGCUGAUCAUGGAGACAAGACUUGCUAAGGAGUAUAUGAAAAAUAUGGACUAGAUCGUUCAGAAUAUAAAUUACGUCUCUUCUGCGACUUAGGUAAUGGCUACGAUACGCCCAAUCUAAGUGGCAUAGGAGUUCAAAAUCAAAGGGGAAAAACUGAUUCACUUGAUGCUCAGUAAAUAUGCUCCGUACAUGGAAGUAUGGAACUGGCUAACUGACUUUGUUGUGUAAUUCAUUAUCAUUCUAGGACUAUAUGCAAGUACUCCCUCAUUCCCAAUUUUUGGCAAAUAGUUUGAUUAUUAAAGGUAUAUAUCUACAUAUUUAUUAAAAGUAUAAGUGUUCAUUCGGGUCAUCGGGUUGAUUUCGGGUUAGGUGUUGUGGUCGGUUCGAAAUUGGAUUUUGCGUCCAUAUUGCUUUUGCAUAUUUGUAAAUCAUUUUUGAAGUUGAGUUAAAUCACAUUUGAUUACAAUAUCAGGUAAAUUUCGGGGCAUAAGGUCUCUAUAUCUACAUGUGCUUGGAAUGUUGCACACAAAUUCAUAGAUCAGAAUGCAAAGUGUGCUCUCCUUUUUUCAGAGCAGACUCAUACCAUGGUCCUUGCACAGAUGUUUACUGGAUGUUGAAGAAGUUGCGCAAGUGCUAAUUGGUCUAACAAACAUGAUUAUUUUAUAUAUUACAACUCUAUGUAAGAAAAUAUAUAGUCAGAUAUUUUGUUUAAAUCUUCUAAUCGUAUACUUUCAUAA